UAUUUUUUUCAACACGAGAAGAGAAAUUUUGUAUCUCCAAGCGACCAUGAAAUGUUCUAUGUAUUAUAUAAACACCAAUGAAAUACCAAACCCUUUUACUUAAAUAGUUUUUUGGUGUGAAAGGUGUGAUUUAGCCAUAGCAGCGGUGAUAUUUUCACAUGUGAAGAUAACACGUUAUUUUCACAUGUGAAGAUAUCAAGUUUUCGCCCGAAAGCUCACCUGGUAUCUCAUUGGUGUUUAUAUAAUAUAUAUUUCCAUGUGAACAAUCAAAUUAUUUUCUUGAAUCGCAGGCUGGUGACGCGGGUCGAGGUAGACUGCAAAACAGUCCGUAGUUUUGCGUAUUCAAGUACGCGCGAGCAGUCAGUCUCGCGCGCUUCGCGCGCGUAAGACUUGUACGCCACGCUUUACCGAUUUCUUUACUGAUUUUGAGAAAAAAAAAACGUCUGUUUUGCAGUCUAGGGUCGAGGGGUAAAUUGUUGUAGGAAAUUGUAAUAUAAUUUUUUUCUCUAACAGCGUUUUUUGUCUGCUCAACAAUGUUGUGCUAAGGAAUGUGUUUGUUGUUUAAUUUUUACAAGGAAAACGCUGUAAGAGAAUGGUCGUUUAAAAGAGCAAUUACAAUUCAGACGUACAAUGGAUAUGAUCCGAUUCCAGUGCCUCUUAAUAUUAUCUACAGAAUAUACAGACUACUGAGGCUUUGUACGGAAAAAGUCAAAAAAGAGGAAGAUGUGAGUGUUACGACGGCAAUCACAUUUCUUUGGAAAAAACGCGACUGUCUUUGUUUGUUUGUUUUAUUAUGUAACGAUAAUAAUUAUUUUUUGGUUUUGUUUGGUUGGUUUUGUUUUGUCGGCUUUGAAUUAUGCCAAGGAGGUUUCUAUUAUUUUUUGUUUUAGAAUGAACUUCUGGGAUUUGUACAGGACCUUGAAGGAAAAUACUUCAGGGAUCAUGCGAAUUCGUUUCCAGUUACAGGUAAGUUAGAACGACGACAAACACGCUGACAGAAAGAGAGGUCGGGAAACAUUAGGCCUACUUAAGAGACCAAUCCUUAUCGGUCACCUAGGAUUGAGGUGGCUGGAAGAACAUACGUACUUCUAAAUAAAUUGGUUCAUUUCGCAGUGCGUUAUUUGUUCUACAACCUUCGUGGAUGCUAGAAUAUAUAAAGUACACAGCCCUUUAUUAGCCCUGUCUAGUUCUGCUUGCUUCUUAGGCAUCUGUAUCGAUUCCCUGCACGCGAAACUGACUUAUAAUAACUUCUUGCUUGAUAACUAUUGGUGCCUUAUCAUAUUGGUAACCUUGUGGUGCGGACGGACGGACGAUGAUAUGCGUGCUUGCCCCAUGGCAACCUUGUCUUAAUAUCUUGAUGGAUUGCCAAGUUUGCACAGAUAUAGUACUCCGAGCGCUCGAAGCCAUUAUUGUAUUCAACCUUACCUAGUAGUGGCUUAAGCAAAAGAAAAUUUGAUCUAACUUGAUCAUUAAAACCACGACGAUAAACAAAUAAGCUAGGUGGCCAGAUCGCUAACAGGAAACUGUCACCAGGAGAGAAAUAAAAGACAGAGUAAUAUGGCGAAGUGAAGAAGGUAAAUCAAAACAAAAAAGUUCCUUUUCUUGUGUUCGAUAACUGAAACAUAAAUCCUAGAUAAUAAGCUAGAAAAAAAAAACAGCGCACUAAAUAAUAAUCUAGAAACAAAAGUGCCUAUAUAAGUUAGGAUAGUUACAUAUCACUGCAGUAUAGGAAUUAAAAACCGAUGAGAUAUGUCAAUGGUACUACCUGCUCUACCGAUUUCAAUGAACUCUUAAUUUUUUUAAUUAACUUUUUUGCCCCCACACACAAACAUCGCAAUACUAUCAUGAUAGUUGUGAAAAAAUCAGUAGUUAUAAAACAUUUCCUACACCCAUCUGCACGAGGUGAACGUGCUGUUUUGUUCAUAUAGAUGCUACGAAACGAGACCGCGUUUUGCGAGAGACGGAGAGAAACCGACAAAUGAUUAGUCAAAUCCUUUACAAGACCUUCGCGUCUUCGAAUGGUGAUGGACGAACACCAAUUCAUGUGAGUAGCUAGGUCGUAAAGGUUUUAGUAGAUCUUCAGGUUCAACCGAACGCGUAGGUGUGAACAUACUUGGCGGGGGUGCCCGAGCGGGCAACUUUCUUGCCCGCUCGGAUUUCCCGCGUUGGUACCGCAAGAAAAUGUUCUCUUUCUGGCCAUAUAAUAAAUCCUUAUUUAACCAAGACUGUUCGGUCGAGAUGGCUGGAUAUUCCCCUCGUUCUUUUCCGCUUUUUUAUUGAAAACGAAAAAAAAAAUUCAGCCGCCUUGACAACUUGACGUCACCCUUGGUCAAUAACACAUAUACUAUGUCGUUCUUCUGAAUGCUGACGGCCGUAUGAGGAGCAGGGAUGCAGUUGUUGUGAGAGCGCUCGUCUCCCACCAACUGGCCGGGGUUCGAGUCCAGGCGCCGACGCCAUAUGCAGGUUGAGUUCGCUGUUAUUUCUCUCCUUUGCUCCGAGCUAGAGGUUUUUGUCCGAGAACUCCGGUUUUCCCCUCUCCUAAAAAACUAAUAUUCUAGGUUCAAAUUCGAUCUCCAGGUAAUUAGUUGAGAGACUUUACAGAGCGCCAUGGGUUUAUUAUUUCUCGGUGAAACAGUCAAGUGUCACCGGAUCUUUAAUGAACGUAGUCAGUGACGUUUCCUCCUCUUUCUUUCUCUUGCCAGAAAUGGCCGCGUAAGAGAUUGAAUUUCUUUACAUUUCCAAUGGGUCCUAAGGUUAAGGUCUUAUAGCCCACUUUGGAAAUGAGUGAUAGCCUGGGACCAAACUAAGCGCGCGCGCGUUUAUGGGAUCCUUUGGGGGGGACAGAAAACCCCGAGCAGCCACCUGGAAUAAUGCCAGGGCAUGCAACUUGCUGUUGUGCCCAAAUAAUUUCAAGAACUCCCAUGGUCUGGCAUUUUAUCGAAUACUCAAGGCAAGACGUAUUCGGCGAGAAUAUAUACGUUUGCUUCGGAACGAUAAUUUGAAUUUGAACUCCGAUAGCACGCGGACUUGCUCUUCCCAUUGGGGUGGUGAAAAGAGCGGUAGAACUCAUCUACCAUCUCUCUUUCCUUGGAGUAAAAAAAAAACAUGAACGACGAAUUCUAUACAGGUCAGAGGCAACUUCGAAUUCAAGAGCCUGGAAAAAGAACACUGACAUUUCUUGUACCGAAAUGGACGGUGAGGCUGACUCAGUAAAUGAAGUGUCAGUUGACCAGAUUGACGUGGACACUCAAAGCAACAGUGUUUCACCGACUCUUUUCUUUUGUGAUGCUGAGACGCAAACUGAAAUAACUGGAGAAUUUCCCGAUCGAUUGGAAUUUGAAUAAAAAUCGUCUGGCGAGGAAAAAGACAAAUUAGCGAAAGAAAAAGACGAGUUGACUAGAGAUUCAAAGUGACUUCAGCAUGCACUGAGAAAUCCGAAGUUUGACAUUUCAAAAUUUAAGGAAAAGGAUGAAGAUAUCGAAUUUUACACUGGCCUUCCACACUGGGAUGCACUUAUGCUUCUUUACGAUAUGUUACAUGACAAGGCCCAGAACUUAAAGUAUGGCUACUAUGCGAAGAAAAACACCAGUCUUGAGCAAAAGCUAGGAAGACUUAGAUCAAUAAGUAUAUUUGAAGAGUUUAUUUUGACUUUGAUGAGACUUGGGUUAGGUUUAUUUCAAAAGGAUUUAACAAAUAGAUUCAAUGUUUCAGAAACAACCGUUGCACUAUGUUUAAUACCUGGGUGCAGUUCAUGAGGGUUGAACUGGAGCCCUUAAUUCGCCUUCCAAGAAAAGAGGUCUUACAUCAGUAUUUGCCAAAAAUUUUUAAGGAGCUGUACCCAAGGACUGUGCUUAUCAUUGAUGCUGUUGAAAUUCGGGCUGAAAGCCCGUCAUCACUAGAUAUGUAGUCAGCUUGCUAUUCGUCUUACAAGGACAAAACAAUUAUGAAAGCGGUAAGAUAGCCCCAGGCACAUCCUCUUCCUUUAGCUUCACAUUUUCAUGUUUUUUUCUUUCAUUGCCACCUUCCCUUUGGCUGUUUUGAACUGUUUUAACCCCGCUACAUUUCACUUUGCUUUCUGCCAUGUUUGUUUCGUGUCCCCUCAAACGAUCCCAUAAACGCCCGCGCGCUUAGUUUGUUUCCAGGCUAUCACUGAUUUCCGAAGUGGGCUAUGACAUAUGUAAGAAUUAGUACUAAAAAUAUGACUGCAUGUAUCCCCAGCAAAGGAAUCCUUCAACGACCCUAAUAACUUUUGUUCAUCCUAAAACGUGCCGCUAUAGCUAGACUGUAAUAAAUACAUAAAAAUCCCUUGAGUUUAAUAUUUCAUUUCAUGAUAUCAAGGAAUGGGAUCCCCAUCAAGGAAUACGAAUAGAAGGUCCACUUGUGACGUUCGAUUGUACGGAGCAGUGUUUUCCGGACACGGAGUACCAUCAUCAUGGUGCCAGAUAUCGUCAGCCCCUUUCUCGUGAGUUUCCUCAUUUUGAGGUGAGUUUCGACAACAGCAAAAAGGAUUUUAGUUUGACUGUCUAUAUGGGUUGUUGACUUAAUAUGACUAAUCUUCUAUUGGCGAUUUGUAGGUGACGUAUUGUUUAUCAACAACAAUUAUUUUGUAAAUAAGACUGAAACACCUCAGAGGCUCCAAACUAGGAUACGAUUAACCCUUUAAAUAAAGCAUAGCAAUCCUUGACUUUGUAAUGACAAUUAAAGGUAAAAUUUUCCAAUUAAAUUAGUUUUUAGGGAGAGGAGGGUGGGCGUUACAUGAAAGGGUAAUUAAAAAAGUAGUAAGGUAUAAUCUAGGAUUACUAGAGGGGUUGCAGUCGUUGCUUACUUUGUGGAGUCGCUUGGAACAGCUUCGGAGGUGGAGUGUAAUACGAAAGUGUUUUACGGUGUUAUACUACCUUUUCCACCCUCAGAUUACCAUUGUGGAGACAGGUGAAUACAAAUGGUUGGGAAUAGGUAUCACGGAUAAAGCUUACAAAACAAGUGAUAUGCCAGGAUGGUAUGAACAAUCUCUUGGCUACCAUACUGAUGAUGGGAACAUCUUUCACAAUACUAAGCAUCUUGAGGGCGCCAUAGGGACCAAAGGUAUUAAAACUUGUCAGAGGGAUAAAACAGUUUUGCGGAUGAUUUUAUUACAUGCCACGUCAGGGGUAGCGGACAAAGUGGGGUAUGUGGUAGGGAGGAGGCUUUAUGGCCCCCCCUAACUUUUUGGGAUAAUAAGAAAUUGUCAAUUCCAUUUGGUUUACUUUAUUUUAGCAGAUUCAUUACUAGACUGACUACUUACAGAAAUAAGGUUAUUUACCUAUUCUAAAAUUUUCAAGACUGCUAUUAACUCUCUUUCAACAUGGCAACAAUGUUUUCGUGCCAAAUUUGAUCCAAGUUAGCUCCUUCAGCGGUUUGCCCAAACAAACCCAAAGACUGACGAAUUUUUUGUUAUGGUCCGCUGCUGACAGAACGGUUAGAAUAUUAACGGUAAAACCUAUGAUAAUGGCAUUCUGAGUUUUUCUUCUUCUUUACUCACCGUAUAAAUGGUUUUCAUUGGGUUCGAAUUCAAGGUUAAUUUACUACUGUAGAGAAAAUGAUGAUUAACGCGUUCAGAUCUUUAAGUUAGUGGAGGGCCCGCUCAGUCCUUAAGAUUAGAGGGGACCCGGCCUCGAAAAUAAGUAUUCCUUGGCUCCGUAGACCUCAGCUUGGCCUAUAAAUAAGAUGGAGGUCCGGGUCCCCUGGACCCCUCCUCUAGAUCGGCCACUGUUAUUAUUGGCAUAUAUGAUUAAAAACGUUUAUGCAGAACUAUGCUUUUAAAGAACGGUGAAACAUCUGAUGAAUAAGAAAAGCACGUUUCGCCGAACUAGUAGAUCAAGAUCGUGUAACCAACCUUAAUAUGGUCAUUACAAAACUUGACAGUCGUUUAGGGAUGUCUGAUUUAAAAGAGAUCUUCGCUAUCAUUUUGGUUCUUCGUACUGAAUACAGAUAGUGGCUCAAAAAUGAAAGGCUGCUACAGUAUUUCAUUUGUAUUAUUGUACAAGAAAUGCGCGGUCUGAGGACUCGACGAAGGCGUCACAGAGAGCCCCACAGAAUUGAACACUACUUUUAGAAAACUGAUUGGUGCUAUUGUUUGGAUUUAAGCCGAUGACGAACGCUGCCUUUUGGAGAAUACAAUGAGUGGAGUUGAGUGAAUUUGUCUUAGCGGCUAACGACCGAGACACAAAGCGUCGAGGGAGUCGGGCGCUUCAGUUUCAGCUGCUAUGUAAACCUUUGGCGUGAUUUUACUCAUCCUAGAUAUUUAGAAAACGGAUAAUUUUCACCUUCACCCAUCGAAAAUAGUAGUAGUAGUAAUAAUAAUAAUAAUAAUAGUAAUAAUAAUAAUGAUGAUGAUGAUGAUGAUGAUUUUGAUAAUGAUGAUGACGACGAUGAUGAUGAUGAUGACGACGACGACGAUCCAACGGGAAGCCACCGUACAAAGUUUACCGUGGCCCACAGAUGUAACGGCAAAGUCAUGUUAGCCCGGCCAAAAUGAGUUUUAGGUAGUCUAGAAAACAACCUUCACAUUUUCACAGCAGUGCAUCUAUUAUCACAGUGAGUGGAGCUAAUUAUGUUGAUACGAGGUUUAGCUGCCUUUCUAGCCAGUUUAUAAGCUGACACUUUUUUCAGCAAAGCAUGCCCUGGAAAUUUUACUAUAGUAUAUGCUCAUGGUUACGCGUCCAGUUUAGUCCCCACUGGGUCCCCACGUGGUCCGUGGCUAUGGUUAUUGAGUUUUUUUUACAGUAUAUUCUUGUAUUGAUUCUGGAGAUGAAACCUAUGAAACCAUAAACGUUAGGAUAUUCAAAUGAACGCUACUGAGCAGUACUUUUUUGUGGCACUGCGAAGUAUGUUGUGUAAGGUGGUUCUUACAUUUGAGAGACUUACUCCUGCUUGCAAAAGAGAAAAUUGAAUAUGAAUAUUGCAACAUUACUGUUCCCCUUUGUUGAAAGUCAGAACGCAUCACGUGACGCAGGCAAAUCCCCCUUAGAGAACGAAGUACGUUUUUGCGAAAACACUAAGGGUCGAUAGUUCUUUUUAACUAGGAUUGUUUGUUCGCCACUAAUUCAUCAUCGCAGAUCACUUUAUGUUACUCUAGAGAAUGGUUCUUUUCAAUUUUCAUUUUAUUCCUUUGCCAGCUAUGAAUUCAAAUUCAUAAAAUGACGAAGAUAAAAUACCCCUUUAAGAAAGUCACGUGGCUUGAAAUGUAUAAGAAUCAACAUUACCGUUCUCCACAAAAUGACUGCUUUGACUUGUUUUUUUUUGGCAAAAACAUGUUAUAUUAUGUUGAGCCGCAACAAUAUGUUAAUUUUUUUCGGUGACGCUUACUUUGAUGAAUCAGUUAGCUUUUUUUUAAUAUUAGCUCUGCUAAUAGGCCUGGUCUCAGAAGAAUGCAUGCCUGCCACCAGUUCUCUUAAGUUUACAAGUUGUAAUCUUAGCAGCUUAAGUUAUAUAAUUUUUGCAUUGAUCAGGUCACGUGAAUAGGGAGCUGCAUGUGAUAUCAGCUCAUGAUUACGUGUCUUGUUUGUCACAGGCCCUGCUAUGGCUCGCCGAGGUGAUCGCAUUGGCUGCACUGUUUUGUUUGAGAAAAGUCGAUAUAGAGACGGCAAAAUUCAAAUUCCAGUUUUCUUCACACUAAAUGGCAGUGAGAUAAUUUUGGAAGGUGGAGAAUGCCCGGGAAAGAGCCUUAUUUUUGUGGACUUUGAAAAGCCGCUAUUUCCUUUCAUUGGCAUGACUGUAGGGAGCCGUGUGUUGGCCAAGGUAAGGUCCACACUUAGACUAACUUACCAAGUUUUUUCGGUACAUGCUUAUGCCAGUAAGCAUUUACAACUUUCUGAGGUGUAAAACUUCUGCAACUAUUAUAUAUCGCUUAAAUAUUUUUUCAAAUGUAGUAAAAAAAUCUCCUUCUCAUAGUAUAACUCUAAAGCUCUUGGAUAAAAGUCUGAUGGGCAGUGAAACUCUCUGAUAAUUAUGAAUCAAGGUCCUUAGUUGAGGUUACGAUGUCGAGUCGCUUUCUCGUCUUGAAAUGUCAUACAAUGUAUAGCUGCAUGGUUGGUGAAACGAUAAUAAAAUAUUGCAUCCGUCAGUCAUUGUCAUGAAUAGGUUAUUCGAUCUAACGCUUGAACAUUAGCCUUUUUAACAGAAAGCUCCUUCGUUAUGUUUUGGACCGUCUUUUGACGUUAUCUUUUGAGUAAGUCAACACCUUGCUUAUCUCUAUCGCUUGUUAUAAAUCAGGCGAGAAUGAUUAUUGAGUAUGAGGUGUCACCCCGUCUUUCACAUAGCGGAGCUCUCCUGCGCACGAAGCUCGGGCAGCGGAGCACCCUGGUUGAUAAUAUUUAGCUAUCUAUGCAUCCAAGAAAUUUGGGUAUCUGGUUUGUGACAAAAUCGUCUGUCUGCCAGUCCACCGCCCCUUUAUGAUAGCGGAUGUGAAACGCCACACUUACUAGUUGGGAGUCCAAGGCGUAUGCAAUCUGUGUUUAACUUAAUAUUGGACAUCAAUACUUUAUAUGGUCAAUUGACAGCUGUAAAAGUAGGAUAUCCACUGACCAGUAUCUCAUGACUGUAUCGCGGGUUCAGGUCUACAACUCAAUGAGUGACGUGUUUUCCAAAGCUCUCCGCUGAUCAGUUAUUGGUUUUAAUUUAUGGCAGGCUCAGAUCCAUUUUAACAGAGAGCCUUUUCACAGGCUACUUGUUUAUGACGAAGUUGAAAUACUUGUACUUGAGAAAGACAUUUCUUAAAACAUCCCACGAGAGCUUCGCUCGUGGCCUUGGCUAAGUCUAUGUAUUAAUUAUUGGCUUGAUCAUUCAGAUGAAACCUAGUCUUUGGUGAUACUUUCACAUACCGGUGCUUUUUAUUUAACUUUUUGAGACAAUGGGAUGAAAAAGUGGUGUAACCAUAUUUAUUUUUUAAGUAAUCUCUAAAUCAGUAUUUUGCAUGAUACUACAGUAGAUGAUUUUCAAUUUUUUUUUUUGAUAUAAUUUUCAAGGUUUCUUCACUGUUGAAUUGAGCGCACUAUUGCUACAAAAAACAGAUAAGUCUAAAAAUAUGAUAGUAAUGCCAUACACCGUUUUCACAAAUGGCGGACACGCGGGAAAAAACUGGUGCCUAGUCAUGAAGGCGAGGCGCAGAGUGUUUAGCACGGAUUCCACCUAAAAUAACUUUGCACGGACGUCUUUUUAAAUACAAUUACUUGUGAUGUCUUCAGCUUUUAAUGUUUAGUACUGAUUUGCUGUUUGCAAUCAAAAGGGACGCGCAUAUCGUCACGGAAACAGGAUGAUUUUGUAGGUUUCCGAAGCAUCAAAAGCUCGACACGUGGGCGAUGGCUGCAGAAAAGCGGCUAACAUGUUGGUCCAAACUUCACACUGAAACCGAAUACGAAAGCCAGCUCAUUACAAUUCUGUAAAACAAAAAUAAAAACAGAUAUUGGUGGCGAGAAAAAAAGAAAUAAGCAACGGAUAUAUGGCCUACUUGUCAAUGGAAGAGACCUCCCGCAAGCGCGGGUGAAAGAUUCAUUCACGAGGCUCAUUCAUUCAUGUCAGUGUCAUUUUGAACAUAUCUAUGUAUAUACUUGUGUAGAUAUGUAUGUCUGUAUUUACAACUUCCUUUGGAUCAUAUGAAUUCCGUCGCUUUGGAGUGAAUUGUUAGUGGUACGUUGGCAGAGCUUAAAGCAAAAAUCUCAUGAUUUCUUUGUCAUUGCGAAAUAAAACAAUUUUGUCAAAAUUAGAAGCUCUAGUGUGUGAGUCUUAUGGCCUGCUAUUUGCCUGGUCUCCUUUGGGGCAUUAUCUCAGAGAGCUCUUGGUAAAAAAGUGGUAUAAAGCUCACAUUUUACUGGGUUAAACUUUCAACGCAAUGUUUGUGUCAGGACUGAACACGGCAAGCUUCUGUUUCGAAUAAUUAAUUUCGAGUCUGGAUCCGUUUAAGAAGACCAUCAUUCUAUUUAUUUAUGUAUUCUUCAACUUUUAAAUAUUAUGGAACAUAAAGUUAAAACUCUUAACAGUCAAAGAUAAGAAAUGCGAAAAUUACUCGCUGAAAUGAUUUGUGGCCGGCUUACCGAGUCUGCCGAGUAACAAGUUGCAAUUUUGAGCGUACUCCACUCGAUCGCUCCUGCAUUUAUACUAAAAAAAUAGUUCUAAUUGAUGUCCUUCAUCGAUAAAUACCAGGUAAUAACGUCCUGGCAAACAAAAACCAAACAUAACUUCAUCGAAACCUCAGUCACCUCUUGAUUCUUGUCUUCCUUUUUCCAUCUUGACUUGAACUGUUUUGUUCAAUCACAGACGUAUCUUGCGUUAACAAUUAGAAUAUCCGUCACUUAUUUCCCUUUUUCUUGCCACCAAGACUAGUUUAUAUUUCUGUUUUACCGAAUUGCAGUGAGCUGGCUUUCGUACUCGGUUUCAAUGUGAAGUUUGGGCCAACAUGUUUGCCGCUUUUCUGCAGCCAUCGCCCACUUGUGGAGCUUCUGAUGCUUCGGAAACUACAAAAUCAUCCUGUUUCCUUGACGAUAUGCGCGUCCCUUAUGAUUGCAAAUAGCAAAUCAGAGCUAAACAUUAAAAGCAGAAGACAUCCCACGUAAUUGUAUUUAAAAAGAAGUCCGUUCAAAGUUAUUUUUUGUGGAAUCCGUGCUAAACACUCUGCAAGUACAGUUAACUGAAAGUCUUCAUUUGCAAUUUUUGUUUAUCCUCCAAAGCCUCGCUUUCAUGACUAGGCACCAGUUUUUUCCCGCGUGUCCGCCAUUUGUGAAUACAGUGUAUAAACGGGUAACUCCAGGUCAGGUUUUGACCUCAGCGAGCCGGCUUUUUUACUUUUAUCUUGCACUCCUUGUCGGCUUUCUCAUUACUUUUUUAUGGGUCCCCUGACAGAUGUGUGUAUCGGAGGAUGAGCUACAGAAAGACAUGUCGAAAGUCUUUGAUCACAUUAUAUAUGCAAGGGAGGACGUAGUUAAUCAGAGUUUGGAAAUUCAGGAGUUGAAAUCUGACUUUGCUGACGUUCGCCAGGAGAUGAAUGCAAAAGAGGAUAAUAUGAGACACAACAUGGAAGAUAUUGUCUGCAACGAGGUUAAAAAGGCGACGAAGUACCUGGAAGAUAUUGUCAGCAACGAGGUUAAAAAGGCGACGAAGUGCCUGGAAGAAAAA